AUGGAUGGUAAUAGAACGUUUGCAAAAAAUAAUUCUCUACCUUUGAAGGAGGGUCACAGACGUGGGGCAGAUGCAUUAUUAAAAGUUAUCGAAUGUUGUAUCAAUUUAGGUAUUAAUAACAUGACCAUAUAUGCAUUCUCAAUAGAAAACUUUAAUAGAUCUAAAGGGGAGGUUGAUACGAUUUUCGAAUUGUUGGUUUCAAAGCUUGCCUACAUUGCAGAGGACAAUCAGUUUUGCAAGGCCAAGAAACUCAGGGUAAAAAUCAUAGGAAACCGAACUUUAAUACCUCCAAAAAUCUUAAAGGAUAUCGAAGACGUCGAAAGAAAAACGAACGAAUUUACUGAGCACACAUUAUAUGUUGCCUUUCCAUACACUUCAAGAGAUGAUAUCACUCAUUCCGUCCAAACUAUCAUUUCCAAAGUUUCUAAGGGGGAAAUAUUGCCUGAGCAAGUUGAUGAGAAAUUGAUCGAAGAUAAUUUUUACUACGAAGGAGAGGCAGGAAAAGUUGAUAUAUUGGUUCGCACAUCUGGGCAUACAAGACUUAGCGAUUAUAUGCUUUGGCAAUGCCAUCAAGAUUCUGUGAUCGAACUCUGCAACACUUUAUGGCCAGAAUACCAGUUUUAUAGUACCUGGUGGACUGUUUUCAAAUGGAGUUACUAUAAAACCCUACAAAUUGAGGAUGCUGAGGUGAUGCAAACCAAGAAGAUAGGAAGGUCUGAAGUGCAAAAAAGGUACAAAACCCCUGUUGCUAAGCUCCCACAUCCACCACAAGUUUCGGUAACAAGGGAAUAA